ACACACAUGGUGAUGUACUUUAAUACAAUCAAUAUCUAAAAACUGCUUCUAAAUCUAAACUUCCAGACGCUGGUUGUUGUUUUUUUGUUACCCACUUUACGCACUCGAGCUUUGCAUUUAUCGUUGCUUAACACACUGCGCCUGCUAAGCCGCUGGCUUCACAGCCUACUGUAUUUUCGGCACGUUGAUGCCACUGCAGAAGCAGCUGCUGUCCUUGAGCUCUCCUGCCCGAUUGACCUUUGUCCUCCCCGCCAGUCCUCUGUCUAUCUGAGGCCGGAGACCGCUUGCUUUGUAUAGACAUCCCCGUGGAUCGGGCUUCCCAAUUCAGAUCCCCAUCAAACCGCUGAAGGGUUUGUGCCUCUAUUUAUGUCUCCUUUGUGAGGCUGCCUAGAAGCUGCAUAGUUAUCCCUGAAACGGAGCGCCCCCUGCCCCCCCCCGGACCUUUUAUGUGGAGUAGAAUCGCUGUUAGAGAGCAAUGUAGGUCAGGGUAUGUAACAGUGACACAGGCACAAUGCCCACUUUCAUUUGUUAUGCCCAUUAGAGGUCUAAACGCAGGUUGGCUUACCGUCUCUGCAGAGGUAAAAGGGUUGAGUUACCUAAACCCAAAAGCCUCAGUGUCCCUUUAGCCCACGGAGGACCGAUGAGGAGAGAAAAGUCGACAACAAAAAACACAGAACUGACCACAAACUAAAACUGUGGGAAAGCUGGUGACAAUUACUUCCCCGCUCCAGUGAAAUCCAGAUAGUUCUCUCUUCUAGAGAGUCGCUUGAAGCCUAAUGUGCGGCAUAUUGAGAGUUUAAUGGCAGAAAUUUGACAUAAUCUCAUUUAUUUCUAUCAUUCUAUUGUGUUUGUUUCUCUUUAAAAGAAGCUAAACACCCUACGUUGCCGAUAUCGGCGCAUUUAGGGAAGCCGUCACAAUGGUUAAUGCCGAUCCCAGCUGAAAUCGGGCCAGACUAUAGCAGGUCUUGAUGAAACAUCCCAGAUUUAAACAUAGCGAAAACAUUUUAGAAUAUAAAAACAAUUAAAAGAUGUGUAGAAUUGGUUUACAUAAAAAAUAGGUAAACGGUUUGGAAGGGACUAUGGAAUCAUUUUGAAAUCGAUGCUGUAUGAAACUUUCACAUUGUUUGCUUGCUAACUGUACAUGCUUGCUUUGCACAGAGGGGGAGGAGGUAGUAGAGGAGGAGGAGGACGAGCAGGAGGAAGAGGAAGGGGUAGAAGCAGAUAAUUCUGAGGAAAAUGAAGCAGAAGAGGCAAAGCACAGGUCAAAGCCUGGUUUCGUGCCGGGCUUGGCACCUCUUAAAAUCCCAGAUGGAGAGAAAGUGGACUUUGAUGACAUUCAUCGAAAACGUAUGGAGAAGGACCUGACCGAGCUCCACACGCUGAUCGGCGCUCACUUUGAAAAGCGGAAGAAAGAGGAAGAAGAGCUGAUCGGCCUCACGGAUCGCAUCGAGAGCAGGAGGUCAGAGAGAGCAGAGCAGAUGAAGAUCCGGGCCGAGAGAGAAAAAGAGCGGCAAAACAAAUUAAAUGAAGAGAGAGCGAGAAGAGAAGAGGAAGACGCCAAGAAGAAAGCAGACGACGAUGCGAGGAAGAAGAUGAUUCUGUCCAACCUGAGUUUCACUGGAUACAAUCAGACACAGCCCGGCGGGAAAAAACUAACGGAGCGAGAAAAGAAGAAGAAGAUUCUGAAUGAGCGACGCAAAGAGUUAGAUGUUGAUCACAUGAAAGAGGACAAACUCAGGGAAAAAGCAAAGGAACUGUGGGACUGGCUUCACAAGCUGGAGGCCGAGAAAUUUGAACUUCAGGAUAAGCAGUCUAAGCAAAAGUAUGAGAUCACAGUGCUGAGAAACCGGGUCAGUGAUCAUCAGAAAGUACCAAAGGGCAGCAGAAGCAAGCGUGGCCUCAGGAAGUAACGGGUGACCUGAAGGAAACUGCAAACACCUGAUACUAACCGCGAAACGAUGUUUUUACAAAUACUUGAACAUGCAUGGAUGAAACUGCAAAUGCUCUUAAAUAGGGUGUCUGUGAAACAAAGUUAAUCUGCGGGAACGUAGCAGUAGAGUAGAAGUACACCGUGAGUAUUUGACAGGGAUUUGACAACGUGUAAACCAUUAAAAUGACUUUACUGUCUGAAAUGACAUUAUUAUGGUUCUGUCCUACCACCGAAUCAUUAUUAGUACUAAAAGGGAAGUGGAGACAAAUUAAUUACUUCUUGUGUCUACGAAAUUGUGGUUGCAAUGAAAUAAAACAAAAUAUUUGUUUAAUAAACCGGAAAUGUUGG